AUGUCUAGCACUACAGUGACCAUCGCUCUGGCCGUGGGCGCAAUAACGGCGCUAUAUCUUUACAUCACAAAUUCCAGCCGCAAAGAUGCCACCGAGAAACCUCUUCUGAAACUUCCCCUCAUAGGCGAUAUCCACAGCUCUCCAAUCGAGAAGCCCCUGGUCAAUUGGAGCGCAUGGUCCAAAGAACAUGGGCCGAUUACAGUGCCCAAGCUCUUUGGCAUUGUACCUAUCGUCGUGCUCAAUUCGUAUGAAGCUGUCACUGAACUCUUCAGUCGGCGUAGUCAAUGGUACAGCAACCGGCCAGCCUCUGUGAGCAUGGAAAUGAUCACAGGGGCUGAGCCAGGUCGUUCACGGUUUACGCUGAUGCAUGACUAUGACGACCAUCUCAAGCUGCAUCACCGCAUUCUGGCUCCAAGUCUUGGCGCGCCUGCUGCCAGCCAGUAUCAACCGCUCAUGGAACUCGAGGCAAAGCAACUGCUCUUCGAUCUCGUCUCAGCCUUAAGCAAAUCAACAGAUGGAUCCACAAUCUCUACAAAGACUGUAUACCCUCUUCUCGAGCGAACUCAAUCCAGCGUCAUCCUCGCCCUCCACUAUGGCAUCCGGAUUCCCAAAUUCGAAGAACCAAUCCUCCAUGAAGUAAUCCACAUCCAAGAAAAAGUCACACAUCUAGCCGCAAACCCUCAACUCCCAGAUAUGAUGCCUUUCCUCCGCCACCUCCCCUCCUUCAUUUCUCCCUGGCAGCGCUACGCCGACAAGCUAUACGCCUCGCAAGUCGAUCUCUACAUGCGCCUCUUACGCCACGGCCAAGAAGCCCCCGGCUGGAACGCCACAAAACAAGCCUUCGUAACCGCAAAGAAAUACGCUCCUGAAGACGCCCCAGUAUCCGAUCUCGACCUCGCCUUCACGCUCGCAACGUCCAUCCAAGGCGGGAUGGAAACCUCACCACGCCAAAUCCUCUGGCUGUUCGUCGCGGCGCUGCAGAAUCCCGGAUUCAUGGCGCGCGCGCACGAAGAGCUGGAUAAGGUCGUUGGUCGCGAGCGUCUGCCGAGUUUCGCAGACCGCAACGGCCUUGCUUACGUCGAUGCCGUUGCACACGAAGUUUUCCGCUGGCGGCCUAUUUCGCCUGGCUCGAUUCCACGUCGCGCAGACCGGGCGGAUGAAUUUGGCGGCGUAAAGAUCGCCAAGGGAGUUACUAUCAUGGCGAAUGCAUGGGCGAUUGGGCGCGAUGAGAAAGUGUUUGAUCCGUCGUUUGGCGAUGCGCAGGAUUUUGUGCCUGAGCGGUGGCUGCGUGAUGGGAAGGUUCGUGGUGAUCUGCCGCUGCCGGUGUUUGGGCAGGGCAGGAGGAUAUGUCAGGGAAAGCGGGUGGCUACUGAUGGGACGUUUAUGAACAUUGCACAUUUGCUUUGGGCGUUUGAUGUGGAGGCUAUCGAGAGUGAAGAGGUGGAUCCGUGGGCGAUGGUGGUGGCGGGCUUCAUGACUGAGCCUAGGCCGUUCAAGUUUCGUUUGAAGCCUAGGGGAGAUUGGGUACUUGAUGUGGUGAGGAGGGAGUGGGAAAGCACUGAGAAGAGUCUAGACAGAGUAAUGGGUGUUGCUAAUGAUGUCGAGAAGUAGUAUUAGUUUAUGAUUUCCAACCAGUUUCAUGAUGG